AUGCGCUUGGGCCAAGGGUUGGUCAUCUAGUACUUGCGCUCAGGAGUCUCCAAACGCUGACUUCUGGCCAGUUUCAACACCUUUACCCAGCAGAUAUGCGUAGACGAUGCGGUCAUUAUCGAUCAGACCAGGGCCGAGAAUGUACUAACCAAUGAUGGCACAACCAUGCGCAUUCUAGUGCAGUCGUCUGGCAAACCCAGUGCUUGGUCUCGGCAGAAGGAAGUUGUGGCCAAUGAAGCUGCUAUCGAUGAUAAGCCAGAUGAGCCAAAGAAGAUUCAGCCGAGCCAGCCAAAGAAAGCUUUACAAGAGCCAGAGCCAACGAAGUCUAGCGGAAAGGGCGCCAAAGCUUCCAAGCCGACGAAGUCCGCCAAGGAGGAUGAACCGAAGAAAGAAGGAAAAGCCGAUGCGGUUGAUGAAAGUCCUAAUGAGGAACCUCUUGGAGGCUCUGAUGAGCUUGUGGAAGCAGACGACGAAGUUUGUACUCCCAUUUAUCGAUGGAAUGAUUUAGAGAGAUGCUGACAGGUUUAAGCAUACUGACGAGCCCGAAGCGGAUGAGCCCAAAGCUGAUGCUGCUGAGACGGAGAUCGCUACUGGCAAAGCAAAGAAGAGCAAAACCACCAAGGCUGACAGUGCUCCCGAGCCUUCUGCGGAAGAGCACAUUGCAAGCCCGAAAGCCACCUCCAAGUCAUUAGUAGCAUCGCGCGGCAAACCAGCUGCUUCUGCCGUCACAGAUGCUGAUGAAGCACUCGGUUCUAAGGUGGUGUCAGCAGGGGCGCCCGUCGCGGGAAGUACCAGGACCACUAGGCCUCAAUCUUCGUCAGUCGGCCGAGCCUCUGCUGGGACCCCGUCUGCUCCAGUUUCUCGCUCAAAACAGUCUUCCAAAGAGGGCGAUGGCAAAGUCGACUGGGAUCAGUACGCUUCCCAGAGCUCUCAAAAGGUCGACUGGGACCAAUACCGAGGUCAAGGUGCUGUUGAUUCAGCGGCUCGCCCUCAGCAGCCUGCAAAGGGAGACAACGAAGCGGUUGACUGGGACCUCUACGCUUCUCAAAGCAGUCAGCAGGUAGAUUGGAAGCAGUACCGUGCUCAAGAUACAGUGGCAAAGGAGCAUAAAGCAGAUGAAGAGGCUCUUCUGAAGGAAGAACGGGAGAGACUGAUGUACGCUCGUGAAGAGCGCAAAGAACGAGAGCGCGAACGCAGAGAAGAGGAACAGCUCCGAAGGCAAGAAGAGCGCGAGAGAAGGAUUGAAGAGCGUCAGAUGCUCAAAGAAGUCGAAAAGGAGCGUUGGGAGGAAGAAAAGAGACGCCGAGCAGUGGAGGUGAAGCAGCGUGAAGAGGACGCCGCGUACAAGCGUCAACGCGAGCAGAAGCGACAAGUUGAGGCGGAUGCCAACAUCGACGACGCCGCCAAUAUGAGAGCGUUGAGCAUGGAAGAGAUGGCUUCCAUGAAGGCAGACUGGGACAAGUCUUUCGAGGAACGCACACAACGGUUCAAGGGCAUGCUAGAGAACAAGAAAGAGUACGAAUUGGACGAUUCAGCUCUCGGCGGACCGAGCCAGGUAUGCUCAACCUGGAUGGAAUUUGCAGACGAUCACUGACAUGACUUCUUAGGUCGUUACCUACACCAGCCGCUUCGUCGACAAACUGAGUGACAUUACUGAAGACAUGAACAUCUCCGGUAGCCUUUCAAUCAAGGCCGGCAAGUUCGGAGGCUCGGGUAAGGGCGCGUUCAUCGAUUCCGACAAGUUCAAGGAAGCGGAUCUCAACUUCUACAUCAGCGUGAAGGUCAUCAACCAGACCAUCAACUUCAAGGAUGCCCUGGUCUUCAACAAGCUGCGAUCUGUCAACAAAGACAACUUCAAUCAAGUCUUCGGAGACGGCUUCAUUUCUGGCUUUCAGGAGGGAGGCGAGUUCAAUGCGCUCGUCAGCAUGAAGAUCCUGAACAAAGCGAAGAAGACAGACAUCCAGGCUGCUGCGAAAGUAGCCUUCACUGCAGGGACUGUCGACAUCACUGCUCAGGCCAACGUCAACGUGGCGAAGACGAACAUCGAAACCAACACCGAGACAACGAUCCAAGUCAGCUGGGCAGGCGGUGGGCACAUCAAGCCUCGAGAGCAGCAAUGGGACAUUCCGAGCUUGAUGCAAGCAGCCGCUCGUUUCCCCGAUCUCGUCGCCAAUUGCCCGCAACGUAUCUACGCCAUCGUCACAAAGUACGACAGCCUACGCAGCUUCCUCGAGGAGAAGCCGGCGGGUUAUACGAAGCUGCAGUACGAGAAUGCGCAGAUCUAUACCAACGCCAUGAUGGACUCAUACAUGUCGUACAAGACUUUGUACACGAAGCUCGGCUCUCAGAUCUUCGACGUGCAGAACAAGACCAAGACGAUUCAAGCUUGGAAAAACAAGAAUGCACCGACUGACGCUGAGAAAGCUGAUGGAGACAACGAACCCGCGGCUGAUGACGAUGGGAAGGCUGACGAGAGCACUGGAGGGGUCUCGAAACAAGGUGACGGCAAUUCCAAGCCACCUUUAUUCGACACUGGCCGCUUCGCUGCGACGGUAGCGGGCUUGGGCCAGGCCAAGAAGGCAAUACGCAAACAGAUGGCACUGAUUGUCAACGAGGUCGAUUCGAUCGAGCAGGAUCCGAAGCUGGCCACCGACGACAACCACUACGAGCCAUUCCAGGAUCCGGUCUCUUUCGAGGAGAGACUUCCCGUCGUGGAGUCUCCCGAGAAGCCCAAGACGACACUGCCGCUCGACGGUAAACUCAUCGUAGCGAAGACGCAGACGGAGGAAGAGGCACAAGCCGAAUCCGCCGAAAAGGCAGAGCUGAUUACAGACCGAGCCGCGCUCUCAAUGGACGAACAGUCUGCUAUUGACAAGUUCCUCGCCGAUCGACCGCAUCUCGGACGAAACCUGCAACUGUCGCCACCGAUUGGCUCGGAGACGAAAGGAGGUGCAUUCAGCAAUCUGGAGUUCUUGCAGCCUGCCUGGAAGCUGCUGGCGGUCAAGGUCGAGAUCCACGACGGAGCCGUCUCCUGCCUCUGGCUGCACUACGACAACGGCCUCAUCCUCACCCGAGGCACAGCCAAGGGUGGUCGCAUCGUCGAAAUGUCGGGCUUGAAGACCGGCGAGCGGAUCAUAUCCGCCUCGAUCCAAAUCGGCAAGGGACCAGAGAACUCCUCCGUGCACCGCAUCAUCGCUCUCCAACUGCACACCAACCGUGGACGCAACUUCAUCGGCCAAGCCGACGUGUGCUCGGUCGAGGACAAGGCCCAUCUGCGCGACGGCACGAAGUACACCGACGUGCAGACCCGCUUCUUCGACGUCCCCCUCAAGUACGGCACCCUCAAGGGCUUCUACGGCCGCACCGACGACACCGCCAUCUGGCGAUUGGGCCUCAUCUGGGGCGAUCUGGGCCGCGACGAAGGCUUCGACGGGUUCACGGAGAACACGACCACGACCGCGGAAUCCCUCGACCCCAUCACGGAAGCCAAGAUGCUGACCGUCCAGUCGCAGGAGAAGGUCAAGACUCUCACCGCGGAAAACCAUACCCUGCGCAGCGAAAAGGAACAGUUGAAUUCCACGCUGCAGAGCAAGCGGAACGAAUUGUACGAAGAAGUCUCGAAACUCAACGAACGAGCACGACAACGCAUUGCGGAGGUGACACCGGCGUGGGGCAAUCGAUCCGCCGCCUUCAAGCGUGGGAGAGUAGAGGUACAUUUCGUCGUGUACGGAGGCAGAAUCAUCUUGGACGACGCGGUGGCGAAUCGGAUCCUUGACGCCAUGGAGAGGAAUACACAGUUCUUGGUGAAUGACGAAACGCUGGGGGGAGAUCCGUGGCACGGGAACAGGAAAGCGAUGGAUGUUGUUUAUCGGUAUGAUGGGAAGGGGGAGAUGAGAUGUAGUGUGGGGAAGCAGGACGAAUACGUGAGCUUUGAUCAGCUUUGA